CCCCCCCAAACACACACACACACACACCCUUCUGACUUUGAGUUUGUUCAUGUUUGACAGCUCUGCUAUGUGUUUCAACAGUUCAUUCAUUGCAGGGUCAAAAGGCAGAUGUGGCAGAUAUGGACUGACAAAUCAAACCCUAUUUUGAGUUUCUGAGAUAAGACUGUCCGUAGGAGGUGAUGAUGGAAACGUGAGAAGGACAGACUUUGGACCCACUUCACUCUCUUCUUCUUCUUCUUCGACACUGGCUGCAGCUCCUUGGUUUGUCUCUCUUCUCAUGUGGAAAACAUGAAGAUUGAUUUUGCCCCCUUUCAGAUUCCCGUCCACAGGAGACUGCAGACGGCUGCCGUGCUGCAGUGGGUCUUCUCUUUCAUUGGCCUUGCACCCACCUGCAUCUUCCUGUUCUUUUACCUGCUGUUCACUCGCUUCUGGCUGAUCAGUGUGUUGUAUGCCGUCUGGUGGUUCUAUGACUAUGACACUCCGUCUCGUGGAGGCCGCAGGGUGCCCUUCUUGCGUGACCUCAAACUUUGGGAUUACAUGCGGGAUUACUUCCCCAUCAAGCUGGUGAAGACAGCUGACUUGGACCCCAAGCAGAACUACGUCCUGGGCUUCCAUCCCCAUGGUGUGCUGGUAGCAGGAGCCUUUACCAACUUCUGCACCUCUGCUACAGGCUUCAGCCAGCUGUUUCCUGGCCUCACCAGCUACCUGCUCAUGUUACCCCUUUGGUUCAGAGCUCCAUUCUUCAGAGACUACAUCAUGUGUGCAGGUCUGAUUCCUUCAGAUAAAGAGAGCGCAAGCUAUCCGCUCUGCAAAAAGGGUGGUGGUAACGCUGUGGUAAUAGCAGUUGGUGGGGCCCUAGAGGCCCUUGAUGCUCACCCUGGGACCUACAAUGUAAUCUUGGCCGAGAAGAAAGGGUUUAUCAAAAUGGCCAUGGAGCGUGGUGCUCAUCUGGUGCCAAUCUUCUCCUUUGGGGAGAAUGAAGUGUUUGAUCAAGUGGGAAACCAGAGAGGAACCUGGCUUCGAUGGACACAGGAACGACUGCAAAGAAUCAUGGGUAUCGCCCUGCCUCUGUUCCACGCACGUGGUGUUUUUCAGUAUUCCUUUGGUCUUAUGCCUUACAGGAAACCCAUUGCUACAGUAGUUGGACGGCCAAUUCGGGUGGAGAGGAAUCAAAAGCCAACAGCUGAGGAACUCGAUGCCCUCCACCAACUGUACAUGGAUGAGCUCAGCAAUCUGUUUGAGGAGCACAAAGGCAACUAUGGAGUGGACAAGGACACACACCUGAACUUUGUCUAAAGUGGACUGACAAUGGAGUGGAUUUGAAAGGCUAUUUAUUAGUAAAGCUGUGGUGCUAAGAUAAUUGUGCCUCCAACUUGCUCUGUCUUUGCUCUUAACUGGACUGUUAAUUAAAAACAAACAAACUGCUUCAAAUCGCUUCUGCAGCAAGACACACUGCUGUGUCUCUUUAUGUAAGGUAGGAUUCAGAUACUGUACGAGGGAAAAGCAAUCAGAGUGGAAAUGCUUGUGCAUCCACUGACUGGUUCUUUUCAGAGCUGUGUGGGAUAAAAUGACACAAGACAAGCUUUCUUCACUUCAUCUCCCAGCUGUAGUAUCCGCCCGGGGUUUUGAAUUUUACGCAAGACCUGCUCCUUUCUCAAACAGAGUCAUAGGUUGAAUUUGUCUUGCAAGAUCAUUUGGGGGCACUGUCUGAAACACUUAGUAAUUUCAAGAUUCUGUAUCCUAAACAAGGUUAAUAAAAAUGGAAAAGCGGCUAGGAACAUUGUACUUCUCAAAAUAUUUCCAUUUUCUACUUUCUGCUAAAUUUGUUCCUCACAACAUUUCAGAGAUGUUUUAA